AUGGACCAGAUUGAAUCCAACCCAACAAUCCCAGUCAGAGCUCUUCAAGAACAACUUCAAAAGGAUUAUCAAGUUGGAUUCUCUAUUCACAAGGUAUUCAAGGUCAAAUCAACUGCAAAAAAACUUGUCCAGGGUGAUUACAAAAAGCAAUAUGAUGUUCUUAGAGAUUACAUCAUGGAGUUGCAGUCUACUAAUCCAGAAACCACUGUGAAGUUAGAGUUUGAUUCAGAACCCAACCUAAGUGCUACCUCAAUAAGCUCAUAUGAUGUAGAAGCUUAUAAUUGGUUGAAGCAGAUUCCCCCACAACAUUGGGCAAGAAGCCACUUCACAGGCAGAGUAGUUUCAGAUAUGCUUCUGAAUAAUCUUUGUGAAGUUUUUAAUAGCAAAUUGAUUGAGGGAAGGGACAAGCCACUGAUAUCCUGCUUGGAGUACAUUAGGGAGUAUAUGAUGAAAAGAAUAUGUAAUUUCAUAAAGGUUCAAAAGAAGUGUGUUGGUCCACUAACCCCAUCUGCAACAAAGAUCAUGGAGAAGAAUGUGAAUUGGGCAUCUCAGUACACAGUUAGGUGGAAUGGGUCAGAUAAAUACCAAGUGCAAGGGCCAUGGCAGGAUCAACAUGUUGUUGAUAUGGUUGAAAGAGUAUGCAAUUGUAGGAAGUGGGAAUUAACAGGACUCCCUUGUAAGCAUGUCAUUGCAGUCCUAAAUGACAAAGCAGAUAAUGGUGAUGAAGUUGGAGAACUGCACACUUAUGCCCACAGGGUGCACUGGCUAGAAACAUGGAAAACAGCUUAUGUGUACAAGGUAGAGCCUAUUAAAGGUCGAGCAAUGUGGCCUAUAAGUGAAUGCCCAAUUAAAAUCACCCCUCCUAUACACAAAAAUCAGCCUGGAAGGCCAAAGAAAAAGAUGAGGCACUCUGCUGAGGAGAAAAGCCAGAAGAAGGGAGACAAUGUUGCUAGUGGUAGUGGGAGUCAAAGCAAUAUUGCUAGUAGGAGUGGAAAGCUUACAAGAAAGUUUAUCCAAGUAACCUGCAGCAAGUGUAAAAUUAAAGGGACAACGCUAGAACUUGCAAAGGCCAAGGGGGUAAGUGAUUGGAUUUCAAGGGAUUUUGAUGUUUGUAGGGGUAUAAGUGUCUUUUUGGGAUAAUGUUAUGUUAUGUGUAUUGUAUGUUUAGUACUUCUGUGUUUUGGGGUUUAACCCUUUUGGUUGUUACUUUUGUACUUGAUAGUGUACCCCUGUGAU